AUGUCAAAUCCAAAUGAACCUGUGUACGGAGGUUGUGAAGGCCCUGAAGCUCAAUAUGUAAAGUUAAUCUCGAGUGACGGCCAUGAAUUUGUUGUUAAACGUCACUAUGCCUUGACCUCUGGCACUAUAAAAGCCAUGUUGAGUGGACCAGGUAAAUAUAUAUUCACUUGGUAAUAUAAUAGGAUGAAAUGUUUUGAACCCAGCAAAGGUCGUGGGUUUGAAACCCAGUCAUGGCUGGCAGAAUUUUCUUCUUGCACGGUUGAAAUGGAAUAAUUCACUCAGAACAUUUCAUUCUAUAUGAGCAGCAUCACAUGAUUACUUGUUUGUUAUUUGUGGUGUUACUCUGAGUGUAUAUCCACACCGGGCGAGCUUGAAAAAUAUGCCCGGCCACGGUGGGAUUCGAACCUACGACCUUUCGAAUCCCACCGUGGCCGGGCAUAUUUUUCAAGCUCGCCCGGUGUGGAUAUACACUCAGAGUAACACCACAAAUAUCAUAUUCACCUGAGUACACUACACCAACACAGAAAAAUUCAUAUUACUUGUUUGUUAUUUGCAUGCCAAAAUUACAAUUACAUUUGUUUUCCACAACAGGUCAAUUCUCAGAGAACGAAACAAACGAGGUUCAUUUUCGUGAAAUUCCAUCGCACAUCCUGGCAAAAGUGUGUAUGUACUUUCUCUACAAAGUACGAUACACCAACAGUAGCACAGAGAUACCGGAGUUCCCGAUUGCACCAGAAAUCGCUUUGGAAUUGCUUAUGGCCGCUAAUUUCUUAGAUUGUUGA